CUCAUGCUCGCAAACGCGGCCUGUGUAGCCUCCGAAGUAGUUAAAAGCUCACUUUCACUUGACAGGGUGACAGGAUAACCGUUUGCCUAUCUCCGCGACCUUUUCUUCUUCCCUUCACCUUCCGUCUGCAUGGCUUGAAUAAUACACUAUUUGCCUGAGCCCUCUGUGGUCAAGCUCGACUUCCUUCUGUACAUAACUUUUCGCGAAGGCUCACUAUGGCGAACCCCGCUGCAGACCCCAAAGCUGCAGCGCUCAGUGCAGAGCUCAAGGAGUUCGCUCUCUCCCUUCCAACCACAGCAUUCCCGAAGAACUUCUUCUGUGCAUUAUGCAACCAACUGAGCUUCGACUCGUGGAAGCUGCUUUGCUGUAACAAGGCUAUAUGCACAUCUUGUUAUGAGAAGCUAGAAUUCCCCACCACAUGCCCGUCGUGCGAGCACCACCCUCUUGAAUCCGACCUAUGUACCGUCAAUAAAUCUCUGCGCAACACGAUGCGCGCCUGGCUCCAGAAGGCCAAGAAGAAGGAGGAAGCAAAGAAGGCUGAGACACCAGCUAUGGAGGUUGCUGUUCCUGUGGCGAACUCUGCGCAGGCAGCCGGAUCUGCUGGCGUUCUCACUGAAAAUGUCGAGGAGGGCUCAAAACCAGAUCUUGGCGAGGCUGCAGCUUCGGAGGUUACGGGUCAAGACACGGAGGCAGUAGUGCGCGCAGGCUCAGUUGGGUCACAAACCAAAGAGAAUGCAACCUCUCUUUCCAAUGAUGAUGCGCAGCGCAGCGCUAGUCUUGAUGCCCAGAAUUUGGAGCAAAGUGUUGAGCCUUCAUCUGCGGUUGAGGAUUCCAGUGCAGCGCAGAACCCGACGGACGGCUCGGGGGAUGGCUCUUUUGGGAACAACGCAAUGUUCAAUGGCAUGCAGGGGCAGUUCGGCUUCGGCUUCAAUCAAAAUCCCGGAGACAUGAAUGGCAUGGGCUGGAAUGGCGGUAUGCCUCCAAUGAACGGCAUGAUGGGAAUGAUGGGUAACAUGAAUCCGAUGGAUUUCAACAACAUGAACUCAAUGAAUAUGCCCAAUAUGCCUAAUGGCAUGUACGGAGGCUUUGGUGGGAACAUGGGCAUGCCUGGCAUGAAUGACAUGUCCAUGAUGAACUACGGAGGCGGGUUUGGCAAUGGUUGGCAAGGCGGGAUGAACGGAGCAGGUUUUGGGAACAUGAACGGUUACAACCAAAUGGGUGGAUAUAAUCAAUCUGGACCACAAUAUCCCCAGAUGAUGAACCAGUUGCCCAAAAAUAAUUUCCAAAACCAGAAUCGUUUCAAUGCCCAAGGGGCAACAUUUGCGCAGCACAACAGACGAGAUAGCCAAAGCAGUUUUGGCAAACAGCAGGGUCCUAGCACGUCUAGUCGGCCUGAAAGCCAAAAUGGCCUGCAAAACCGUGACGGAGAGUCCCCUACAGUUCAGCCCGGAGCCACCAUUGACAACAAGAAAGAUGGUGAGCAGGUUGAGGGGGGUUCUGCUGAUGAUCAAGAAGGUAAUGCUAAGGUCGAAGACACCUCUGAAGUGGUGCACUCGAUCGAAGCUCAGCAGGAUGACGCCACAAACCAGUCAAGUAACCUAGGACAAGCAAAUGGGGAGGAGAUGAACCAAUCCAAUGGUCUCAACCAGAUCCAAACUGUAGACUCGGAUGAAAUCAACACAUCAGGAUUCGACCAAUCGAACAUGAUGGCGAAUCAAAUGUUCCAACAGGGCAUGAUGAAUGGGUUUCCUAACAACGGAUUUGAUAUGAAUGGACCGUACAAUUCUAAUAUGGGCUUCCAACCCCAUAACGCUUAUGGGCAGAACGAUUAUGGGCACCAAGGAAGCUAUAACCCAGCAUAUGGCGCUGCUACUGUACUGACAGGCGAACCACGAGGCGUUGGUGUUGAAGGCGCGCCUACAGGUCCACGAGCCAUGAGAGAAGGUAGACCCAACACAGGCUUCUCGAGCCGGGCGAACAACGCUAGAUUCAAUUCGCAAACAUCAACACCAACCGUCCAACAAGCACCAUCACUUCCUGCUGCUAGUCCCUCUAGGCAAGGGCGAGGAAGUCCAGAGCGAGACGAGACCCUACGUACAAAGGAUAAAUCGCCAUCUCGUUCGCGGUCCGGAUCUCGAGCGAAAGACAACGGUGAUAAAGAGGCCGGUAGAGAUCGGUCUCGGUCCGCUGAUCGGGAAUCUCGAAGAGAUCCCCGUGAACGGUCCCAAACGCCUACUUCGGAGGAUCACGAACGUCGUAAGGAACGCCGCCGUCACCGAUCUUCCCGCUAUGAUGAUCGUGAUGGGCGUGAUGAGCAGCGUGACGAUGACUACGAUGAUCGGCACCGUGAUGAUGAUCGAGGUGACAGAACCCGGAGUGCUUCAGUAGACUCUAAGCAUCGUAGCAGAAGAGACAAAGACAGACAUCGAUCAUCACGCUCCCAUCGUGAGCGAAGUCGCGAGCAUCGGCGUCGCCAUCGAUCUCGCUCCCCUAUCAUUGAGGAACGCUAUGAGGAAGAGGGACACGGCAAUGGCAACAGCAUGCCUUCUGAACUGAGCAAUCGUCAUAAGAGCAGGAGUGAGAGGGGGCACAGAGAUCGCUCACGAGAUCGUGAACGUGAACGGGAUCAUAACAAAGACCGACGUGAUCGUAGAGAUCGGGAUCACGACCGAGAUUACGAAUAUGAGAAAGAGAAGGAUAGAUCGCGAGACAAGGACAGGGAUAGGAGGCGCUCCAAACGCGACCGCGACGACGAGCGAGAUCGAGAAUACGACGAUGAGAAAUAUCGUUCCUCCCGCCGAAGCCGCAAAGAUAGGGAUCGUGAGCGAGAUCGUGAUCGAGACGAUCGGGAUUAUGAUGCCAAAGACUCGACCGCGGCUCGUGACGCAUCCCCACCCAUGAACGCGCCUACGGGUCCCUCCGCGAACGGCUUCUCCAUCCGCGGCUUCAGCAAAGCGAAGAAGGAUAAACCCGACUCCUCGUCGAAACCCAUGCCUCCACCAACUGGCCCACGCAGUCUCCAGCCUCCUAAGGGUCCCGCUGCAGAACGUCGGGACAGCCGUGACCACAAGCGCAAGAGCAGCGUCAGCAGUACACCAGCGACGCCCACUACACCAACCGUAGAUGACCAUUACGCUGCUGAGCGAGAACGCAGCAACAGAGACCGCGUUUUACAGACACUCCACGGCCGUGCCACUGGGCGGGCGGAGUCCGCUUCAUCCAAGCCAUCAUCGUCACGACAGAACCCCAGCUCCAAGCGCAGCCACGACAAUUUCGAUCGUGACCAUGCCAGAGACGAGGACAGAGACGACAGAGAUGACAAAGGCCGAGACAGUAAAGUCCCCACCGGCCCCUCUGCACACAGAGACAAGCGCCGCAAAAGCGGCGAAGCCACCAACUCCAUCGCCAGCCUCUUCACCGCCGGUCUGCGCAAAACAGCAGGCAAGCGCGAGCGUCGAGGCGGCGUGAAAAUGGAGGGCGACGUAGAAAGAGAACUGGACAGAUCCGAGCGGGAACGGGACCGCAGAUGGUGAAAUGGAGACAAUACGUACCUCCAAUCACCAUCUUCCCUCUCACUCUUCUUCUCUCCUCUCUAUUCUUUUCCCCCUUCAAUUACUACUUGUAUCCACAUAUAAUCGGCAGUGCAACACGCGUCCACAAGUACAUACAUUUGUCGACCCUCGACACUUGCCUGAAGUAUAAUAUUAUAUUACCCCCAUUCGAAAUGUACUAUACCCUACAUCCCAAAAAAAGAGCGUAUCAGGUUAACUACCUCCCUAUAUUUGUCCUCAUUCUAAAAAGUUGAAAGAGGUACGUACGUACUAGUUUGUAGUAUGUACAUAUAUAGCAGAAUUUAAAAACAUGCCGACGGUUUUGUCGUUGGUGUAAAUGUGUGUGUCUUUGGUGGCUGUGAUGUUGUAAUGUGGAUGUGAAUGAUGUGAGGAUCUGUAUGGUUCAUUCCCUCCUUUUUUCUUCCUUUUU